AUCGAGGAUCUAAGGGAAGGAGAAGGAACGUAAAGAAUCAUAGAAUAUGGGUGCGGGGUGGUGGGAGAGGGAUUCCACGACACCAAAGCAGCAGAUAAAAGAGCAGAGUACAGCUCAGAGACAUCUGGCGGGCACUCGCCCGGUGCCCCGCCAGAAGCGGGCGGCACGAGCGCGCACUACAAAUACCAGAAGCCCCCGCUUCCUAGAGCUCGCGCCGCGUCGCGCAACGCACGCCGGGUGCCGGCCCGAGCCGCCAAGAUGUCGCAGCCCAAGAGAAGAAAGCUUGAGUCGGGGGGCGGCGGCGAAGGAGGGGAGGGAACUGAAGAGGAAGAUGGCGGAGAGCUGGAGGUGGCCCUGCCACGACCCCGGAGGACUAGGCGGGAGCGGGACCAGCUGUACUACCAGUGCUACUCGGAUGUAUCGGUCCACGAGGAGAUGAUUGCCGACCGCGUCCGCACCGAUGCCUACCGCCUGGGCAUCCUGCGGAACUGGGCAGCGCUGCGGGGCAAGACCGUGCUGGACGUGGGCGCGGGAACCGGCAUUCUCAGCAUCUUCUGUGCCCAGGCCGGAGCCCGGCGCGUGUACGCGGUGGAGGCCAGCGACAUCUGGCAACAGGCCCGGGAGGUGGUGAGGCUCAACGGGCUGGAGGACCGGGUACACGUCCUGCCGGGGCCGGUGGAGACGGUGGAGUUGCCGGAGCAGGUGGAUGCCAUCGUGAGCGAGUGGAUGGGCUGCGGACUCCUGCACGAGUCCAUGCUGAGCUCUGUGCUCCACGCGCGGACCAAGUGGCUGAAGGAGGGCGGUCUUCUACUGCCGGCUUCCGCUGAGCUCUUCGUGGCGCCCAUCAGCGACCAGAUGCUGGAGUUGCGCCUAAGCUUCUGGAGCCAGAUGAAGCAGCUCUACGGUGUCGACAUGAGCUGCCUGGAGAGCUUCGCCACGCGCUGCCUCAUGGGCCACUCAGAAAUCGUGGUGCAAGGCCUGUCCGGCGAGGAUGUGCUGGCCCGGCCGCAGUGCUUUGCUCAGCUGGAGCUGGCCCGCGCCGGCCUGGAGCAGGAGCUGGAGGCGGGGGUGGGUGGGCGCUUCCGCUUCAGCUGCUACGGCUCGGCUCACAUGCACGGCUUUGCCAUCUGGUUCCAGGUGACCUUCCCCGGAGGGGACUCGGAGAAACCCCUGGUGCUGUCCACCUCGCCUUUUCACCCAGUCACGCACUGGAAGCAGGCACUCCUCUACCUGAACGAGCCUGUGCAAGUGGAGCAAGAUACGGACGUUUCCGGAGAGAUCACGCUGCUGCCCUCCCAGGACAACCACCGUCACCUACGCGUGCUGCUGCGCUACAAAGUGGGCGACCAGGAGGAAAAGACCAAAGACUUUGCCAUGGAGGACUGAGCGUGGCCUUAUCUCCCAGCUACCUCCCGAGGCUGCCAGACCUGCGCGGUAGAGGCGGAGGGGGGUCGGAGGAGAAAGGGAAAUCUCACGUGCAAGUAGGGACAUUAUCUUCCGUCUCCCUUUCCCCUUAGGGCUCCUGGGGAGGGAGAAUAACUUCAGUCUCCCUUCGAGGAGAUUAUUCUGGCGAUAUUUAUUAAAAAGUGAUUUCGAUCCCCCUCAACGACCGAAACAGCGUGUUUAUUAAUGGCCCUUUAAGCCUCAAAAGCACGUAGUACCAAGCACUUGUAUUUCUUUUGUUUUAUGCAAAAAGGGGGGGAAAAAAGGAAGAAAAUGUCAGUUUGUGAAGGCUCCAUGCACAUCCCAGACACCUCACACCCUAAGUCUAAAACCAGGGAGAGGGUAAAGGGGUUUAUAAUUAGACUCUAUAAAUCUCCAAUAUGAGUAAUAUCGAUCCAGAGCCAUAUUUCCUCCCUUCCCAGGUGCCUCUAGGCUACGGUAUUUCCUUCUCCUUGCUUUUUAAAUAAAUUUUACUACUGGUAACUUGGGAGAGAAUGAGGACAAUGUUUAAAUAACACUUACUACUCCCUUAGGGUGUUCAUCAACUUAAGCACCCUAAGAAAUUGUACAGCACACCUAAGAAAUCUAGAAGGUACAUUUAGGAGAAAAAGGCCUGAAAGAUGGUGAAGUAGUAUGGAUGUUUAAUUGUCUUUACUCUUAAGAUUUAACCAAGAAAAUGUUCCAUAAUAAAAUUUUUGUGUACUUCUUUAAAAUAAGCUGAUACAGGUUUCUUCUGAUCCUGACCCAAGGGCUUAUUUAUCAUCAUGGGUGAAUUAUUUAAGCUUACUAAAUUGCAGAAAAUAUUUUCUCAGCUAGAAAAUUAAACUUCCUCAUUCAGAGGGAUCAUGUGAUUUGGCCUACUUUCAUCAAGUGAAAGUUUUUUAGCGUUUUUGGGGGGGAGUGUUUUUUUCUUUUUAGCUCAGCUGAAUGUGAAAGUUGUGAAUUUAGGAAAAUCAUUUGUAAUGAAGUGUGAGUCAUGUUAUCAAAUUUAUUUUACUGAUGUUUCCCUCCUCUCUGUAGCAAAUAAAGCAUUGGCAUUCGCUCUA